AUGGGUCAGAGCGGCCAGAGUGGUGCGCGCACCUGGAGAGGCCCCGGGCCUCGCGCACGCGUCCUGGAGGUUGCCGGGCAACGCAGCCCCGCGGCCAUGGAGGCGUCCUCGGAGUCCGAGUCUGAGGCCGGGCCUGGGACCCAGCGGCCCGGGACGGGGACCGUGAGCGCGGCCGUGCGCGAGCACCUGCGGAAGCUGUGUCUGCGCGAGUUCCCGUGCGGCGCGGGCAGCUGGAAUAAGUCGCGAUUUCUUCCUCAAACUUGGCGAACGUGGAGGGAGCUGGUCCCCAGAGAGGAGGACGUGGUGAGCCCCGGGGAGGAGACGGUGGAAGCCCUGCUGGGCCUGGUCCGCAGCCCCCAAUCCCCCUGGGCUCUGCUGAAUGACUCCAACUCGGAAGACAGUUUCCUGAGAGAACUGGCCAUCCGGAACCCGCUGAUGAUCCGAGACACCUUCUUCUACUCCUAUUUCCGGUCCCUGCGGGUGGUGGACAAGGAGGUGACCCUGGUGGAUAAAGACCUCCUGAAAUUUCUAAAGCUGGAGGAAUUGGUACUGAGCGCCAAUCGAAUCAAGGAGGUGGAAGCUGCCAAUCUGCCCCCCACACUUAAGGUGAAGGAACCUGCCCCCAACGUCAACCCCAUGCCUGCCCUGUCCAAGGCUCCCCCACGGUGGCUGUCCCCGGCUGUGCCACCCAGUCUGCCCGUAGUAUUUGUGCAGAACCUCCUUGACGCACGCAGUGCACGAGGCUCCACGGGAGCUACUGAGAGGGCUGCUGGCCCCUGGUCACCUGGCUUCUUGACCCUCAGACAGUCCUGCUCACCUUCCAGGCCCAACCUUGUCUCCCUGGACCUGGGCUUCAACGACCUGACGGACCUGCAGAGCAUGCUUGCCAGCCUGAGGACCCUCCGGCACCUGCGGCUGCUGGUGCUGCAGGGAAACCCGCUGGCCCUGGUGCCCUACUACCGCGGCCUCACUGUCGACAGCCUGGCCCAGCUCUGCGUGCUGGACGACAUCACCGUGUCUCCCAACGAGAAGCAUCUGUUCCGGGGCCUCAGCCUCAAUGCCGAUCUCUUGGCACAGGAAGCACAGUUUGUGGUGACCAUUGGAAACGUCAGGGGACUUCUGGACACCUCUCUCUUGGACCCGGAACCAGGGCCCGAAGGCCCUUUCAUCACUUACAGCUAUUACGUGACCUACGAUUUUGUGAAAGACGAAGAAGGUGAAGCGAAUGAGUACACGGACGUGCUGGCCGAGAUCGUCAAGCCCUCUCCCAGCUUAGAAUUAUUAGUUGAGGAAUCUCCUGAAGAGGUCAUUGAAAAUGUCAUCGAAGAUGUUGAAGAGGUCACUGAAGAGGUGGAAGGGUCUCUGGAGUCUGAGGUGGAGGAGUGGGGAGAGUCGGAAGUGUCCGUCAUCUCAGUCCUUUCGACCGUCUUGCCGACGCCGAGGGCCUCUGCAGAAGAGCUGGCCAAGUUGCGGCCACGUAUAGAUCCCCGGCUCUGCCCAUCCCCAGGGACCGUCCUCUUCAACACCACCCACAAGCCCUGGGCUGAGGUCAUCCCAUGCAACUAUGAGAUGCAGCACGUGCUCAGGGACCUGGUGCCACUGAAGGCCUUCCUGCUGGCAGGGACCACCGUGACUAUUGUGGAGGAGAAGAUUCUCUCCUGGCCGGCGGUGCUGCCUGCUGUUGACAGUCCCCUGUCUGCCAAGAAAGGAAAAGGAGAGAAAGACAAGAAAGAGAAGGAGAAAGACAGGAAGGGGAAAGGAGAGAAAGAGCCGGCCAAGCAGGUACCGAAGAAGAAGAAAGAGCCACCCAAGGAGCUCCGGCAGGACCCUCCCAUCCUGCAGGUGCUGGGCCGAGGCCUGGUGGUUCUGGAGCCCCUGCUGGUGGGGGAGCCCCUGGUGUCCACCGUGUGCAACUUUGGCGUGGUCCACACCUUGGCAUCCGACAGGCUGGCAUUUGCCAGGGAUUCAAAGAAGAUUAAGAAAACUGCCAAAAAAGAAAAGCCAAAAGCCGUGAUUCCCAUCUACGAAGGCGAUUACCAGCCCGAGCCCCUGACGGUGGAGGUGCAGAUCCAGCUGAACCAGUGCCGCUCGGCGGAGGAGGCGCUGCGCACGUUCGCCGUGUAG